AUGAGCUCGUCCGAAGAUGACAUUCCCCUCGCGCGUGCCAACGGCCGCGCCAAUGCCACGCCCUCUUCGGCCAAGUCUCCCACGACAAAUGGAGAUCUUGACCCCGGUAUAUCGGUUCGAUUUGGCCCCGUGCAAGACAAAGACGUGGAGAUGAAGGAUGUGAAUGCGCAUGCCGUGAGCAAGCGCAAGUCUCGGAUAAGCAUUGACAAGAAGUCGUAUGCGGAGGCCGAGAGCAGUGAAGAUGACCAGCCAUUGAGCAAACGCCGGCGAACCUCGGUUAAGCACGAGGACCCCGAAACAGACGAUGACGUGCCUCUGGCCCUCAACGGACGGAAGCUCCCCAAGGCUUCCGAGACGGCCAUUGGCGAAGAGUCUGACUCCGACGUCCCGAUUGAGAGGAAACUCUCCGCGCAGAAGAAGAAGAUUGAGAAGAAGGCAGAGAAAGAUGCCAGUGUUGCGCGCAAGCCCUCAGCCUCGAAAGCCAAGCCCGUGACCUCCGCCAAGAAACAAGCAAAUGGCGUCAAGAAGGAAGCCGUGGAUGACAAGUCUUCCAUCAAGAAGGUCAAGGCCAAGGUGAAGGCUGAGAGCGAGGACGCGGAAGAUGCGGAGGAAGAAUAUCGCUGGUGGGAGGAUCCCACCAAGGGCGAUGGGACCAAAAAGUGGACGACCCUGGAGCACAACGGUGUGGUGUUUCCUCCACCCUACGAACCUCUCCCCAAGAAUGUCAAGUUGAAGUACGACGGAGUUCCUGUUACUCUUCAUCCCGAGGCCGAGGAAGUCGCUGGUUUCUUCGGAGGCAUGCUCAACUCGACCCACAAUGUGGAAAACCCGGUGUUUCAGAAGAAUUUCUUUGGGGAUUUCAAGGAUAUUCUCAAGAAGACUGGUGGUGCCAAGGAUCUCAAGGGCAACAAGGUCGAAAUCAAGGAGUUCGCCAAGUGCGACUUCAAGCAUAUCUUCGAGUUCUACGAAGCGCAGCGCGAGGAGAAGCGGAGUCUACCUCCGGCCGAGAAGAAGCGCCUGAAGGCUGAGAAAGAUGAGCAAGAAGCCUGUUAUACGACUUGCAUAUGGGAUGGUCGCCAGCAGAAGGUCGGCAACUUCCGCGUGGAACCUCCCUCGCUAUUCCGUGGCCGAGGUGAACAUCCGAAGACUGGACGCGUCAAGACCCGUGUCCAGCCCGAGCAAAUCACUAUCAACAUCGGCAAGGAGGCAACAGUUCCCCCACCACCGCCCGGUCACAACUGGAAGGAAGUGAAGCAUGACCAGGAGGGCACCUGGCUCGCUAUGUGGCAGGAGAAUAUCAACGGCAAUUACAAGUACGUCAUGUUGGCUGCCAAUUCCGAUGUCAAGGGCCAAAGCGACUACAAGAAGUUCGAGAAGGCCCGCGAGCUCAAGAAGUACAUUUCCAAGAUUCGCAAGGACUACACGAAGAACAUGAAGAAUGAUCUGAUGGUUGAGCGUCAAAAGGCGACUGCCGUCUAUCUCAUUGAUAAGUUCGCUCUGCGUGCUGGCAACGAGAAAGGUGAAGACGAGGCAGAGACUGUCGGCUGUUGUUCGCUGAAGUACGAAAACAUCACCCUGAAGCCACCAAACACUGUCGUCUUCGAUUUUCUGGGUAAAGAUAGUAUUCGGUUCUACGAUGAAGUUCAGGUCGACCCGCAAGUCUUCAAGAACUUGAAGAUUUUUAAGAAGGCACCCAAGAAGAACGGCGAUGAGGUGUUUGACCGUCUGACGACCUCGGCUCUCAACAAGCACUUGCAGAACUAUAUGAGCGGUCUGACCGCCAAGGUCUUCCGUACCUACAACGCCUCCUACACCAUGAGCAACCUGCUCAAAGAAAUGAAAGCAUCGGGCACGGUUGCCGAGAAGGUCAAGGCCUACAACGACGCUAAUCGCAAGGUUGCAAUCCUGUGUAAUCACAAGCGAACCGUUGGAGCUAGUCACGCCAACCAGAUGGAGAAACUGGGUGAACGGAUCAAGGGGCUUCGCUACGAAAAGUGGCGGUUGAAGAUGCAGAUGCUCGAUCUGGAGCCCUCCCUCAAAAAGAAGAAGGGCGCCUCGUUCUUCGAGCUUGAUGAGGACCUGACCCCCGAGUGGGUCAAGGAAUAUCAAGCCUUCAAGCUUGAAGAGAUGACUCAGAAAAUCAAGAAGAAGUUUGAGAAGGACAAUGAAAGGCGUGUUGCUGAAGGCGAAAAGGAACUGAAGGCAUCUGACCUUACAGAGCGCCUGGAAGCCGUCAAGGACUUGGAAAAGAAGUACAAGAAAGAGAACAAGACCGGAAAAGUUGAGGCCGAGGGCCGGGGCCCGACUGUUGACAAGCUCGAGGGCAACAUUCAGAAGAUGGAUCAGCGCAUUGAUACCAUGUCACUCCAGGCUCAGGACAAGGAAGACAACAAGGAGGUCGCCUUAGGCACCUCAAAAAUCAACUACAUUGAUCCCCGUCUCACCGUCGUGUUCAGCAAGAAGUUCAAUGUGCCCAUUGAGAAAUUCUUCUCCAAGGCUCUCCGCGAGAAGUUUGAGUGGGCCAUCAAGUCCGUCGAUGAGGAUUGGGAGUUCUGA